CCUGCAAGAAAGGACGCAGAAGCUGUCACCUUGAUGUCUGAACUGUGGAAACACACAGUCUCAGUAUAGAAGAAAGUGGUUUUAUAAAAGAAGAAACAAACAAGAAAUGAUGGCGGAAGUACUAGAAGUAUCAUUCACUGAUUUCCAAAGCAAGAAAAAUAACAAAUUGCACCACACAGAUGAAAUGAGUAAUAGAUGCCUUAUAAUUAGAAGAGGACAACCAUUUUCAAUAAUUCUGCACUUCAAGACGAGAGAAUUUCAGCAAGGAAUGGACAGAGUGCUUCUAAUUGCAGAAACAGGACCUUGGCCUGACGAGUCUUCUGGAACUAAAGCCAUAUUUCCCUUAACAAAGGUUUUAAAUAAGAAAAUAUGGUCUGCGACUUUGGAGAGUGAUGAUUCAAAUUCAAUAACAAUUGGUAUGGUUGCUUCAGCCAACGCUAUCAUUGGACGCUACACUCUAAAGAUCCAAUUUACAACGGGAAAAAAGGCUGCUUCUUAUCAGCUCGGAGAAUUUAUUUUACUUUUCAAUCCAUGGUGUCCAGAUGACGAUGUGUACAUGCAAGAUGAGACAUGGAGACAGGAAUAUGUAAUGAAUGACUAUGGCUUUGUGUACCAAGGCCAUCAGAACUGGAUUACUCCCUGCCCUUGGAACUUUGGACAGUUUGAAGAUGAUAUUGUGGAUAUCUGCCUCAAAAUGCUGGACAAGAAUUUAAACUUUCUUCAAGAUGCAUUUAAAGAUUUAGCACAGAGAAACAAUCCUGUAUACGUCAGUAGAGUAAUCUGCGCCAUGACCAACAGCAAUGAUGACAAUGGGUUGCUUCAAGGUAACUGGAGUGGAGACUAUGAUACUGGAGUCUGUCCAUCCUCAUGGAAUGGGAGUAUUGCUAUUUUAAGACAGUGGUAUAAAAAUGACUGCCGCCCUGUAAAAUAUGGCCAGUGUUGGGUGUUUGCUUCAGUAAUGUGUACAGUUAUGAGAUGCUUAGGCAUUCCUUCCCGUGUAAUAACAAACUUCAACUCUGCUCAUGAUACAAAUGGAAAUCUUCUAAUCGAUGAAUAUUAUGAUAUUAGUGGUAAAUUAUUGCCCAAAAAGACAUCUGACAGCAUUUGGAAUUUCCAUGUGUGGUGUGAGUGCUGGAUGACUAGAAGGGAUUUGCCACCAGGAUAUGGAGGGUGGCAAGUACUGGAUCCAACUCCACAGGAAACAAGUAACGGAACAUUCUGCUGCGGACCUGCACCUGUUAAAGCGAUCAAAGAGGGAGAGGUGGGACUCUACUACGAUUGCCCAUUUGUGUUUGCUAUGGUGAAUGCUGACUGUGUGUCCUGGACAGUUAAUGGGACAAGAGAGGAAAAGCACUUACGUGACGCUCAUUUGGUUGGCACAAACAUCAGCACAAAAAGUGUGGGUAGAGAUGACCGAGAAGAUGUUACACAUAAUUACAAGUAUGAAGAAGGUACCAUAGAAGAAAGGAAAAUAUUACAAAAAGCUACAAAUAAUUUACACAAACAACAUCCCCAGUCACUAACCAAUGGAAGUAUACAUUAUAAUGGCACCAAUGAAUUUGCAUCAAAUGGCUUUUCAGAAAAUGGCACUUUACCCUAUUGUAGAAGAUCUUCCCUAAAUGGAUCCUCUUUCCAGGAUACUUCUGUCAAUAAACCUCUACAAGAUGCAAAGUUAUUGCUUAAGUUUAAGUUGGCAGAUUCUCCCCAAAUUGGACAACCGAUCAAUUUAGUUUUACUGGCUGCCAACUUAGCUUCAAUUCCUAAAACCUUAAAGCUAAAACUAAAUGCACAGUCUGUGAAACAUAAUGGUGAAGUCCUUCACCUGUUCUGGAAGGAUUCUAUGUACAUUGACCUCGGGCCUUCUGAAGAGAAAUGGAUAGUAUUACAAAUUCCACAUGCAAAGUAUGGCCAGUUUAUAGAUGACAACAAUCUAAUAAGAGUUGUUGCUCUUGGAGAACAGAAUGUAACCUGGGAGAAGCUUUUAGUAAAAAAGGACAUUACCUUGGCUCUACCAGAAGUUAUUAUCAAUUUCCUUGGACCAAAUGUGGUAAAUAAACGAUCCAUGGUUCAGCUUACCUUAACCAAUCCUCUGAAUGAACAAAUACAAGAUUGUGCACUCUUUAUUGAGGGAAGUGGGCUGCUGAGAACUACAUUAAAAUUACGUGUUGGAACCAUGGGGCCCAGAGAAAAGUCCAUUCUACAAUUUGAAAUGGUUCCCUUUAAAUGUGGCCCAAAACAGCUACAGGUGAACUUCAGCAGCAACAAGUUCAAGAACAUCAAGGGAUUCAAGAGUGUGAUGGUGAAACUCUAAGUUUAUUUUAUGUGGACUGGAUGGGAUAAAUGAAUUCUCUGAGGUCAAAGUGGGUAAACCCACAGUCUUCUCCUGGUGUAUGGGACUUAUGACUCUAUUUGAUUUAGUAGACCUAAUCAUGUAUGUAACAGCUUUUCCAGGAUACAAAGUAAAUAAAAACCAGCACUGGACAAUGUCAAUCAUAGUAAACACAGAUGUGUCCCAGACUACAAGAAAGUGGAGAAGGGACGCUAUCCUGAAGGGUAAAUUUCAGAGACUGUAAAGCUCACAAAGAUGAGGAUGCUUAGAAUUCUUUUUUUCUAUAUGCUUUUAUAUGCUAGAGCCAGCUGAAUGGAUGUGUUCACACCAAGAGCACGUUAUAUCACAAUUUUGUCAUAUUUUGUCAAUGAAAAACUUGCCAUUUUUAAAUAAAUUUUACACUUGUGAAACAA